AUGUCCGAAAUCACAUUGGGCAGUGAGCCGUCAACAGCUGUUCCUACAUCUCCGGAUGAUGGAUCAAACGAGACUCAUAAAACACCAGGGGGUAGUCAUACCGCAAAAAAGAGAAACAGGCCAAGUUUAGUGUGUUUCCCUUGCAGGAAGAAGAAAAUCAAGUGUGAUAAAGGAAAGCCAUGUCUGAUGUGCGUUAAGAAUAACAUUGUUGAGCAUUGUGAAUAUGAUCAAAGACUAUUAGCCAAGAAGGAAGGUAAGGGGAAGAAACCUAAGAGUGAAGCAAGAGCUGCGAAAAGGCGCAAGACGCCAGCUCUGGAUGUUUCGAUUGAGACGACUGAGCCACCAUUAGAAAGUGCAUAUCGUGAAAAAGAGCCAAAAAGCAACGAAGCAAGCCUGCCUGUAUCAUCAAACGAUGUUUGUGUAAUAAUGAAGAAGUCCGACCUUGAAGAACUCCAAUCGAAAUUGAAGCAAUAUGAGUCAAUGAUAACGUUGCCAGUGAGUAGUCGGAAAAAACUAGGCAUGGUUACACCAAAACACAAGAAGGACGACAACAUUGUCUACAAUAGAUCCAUUAGCUCUUAUCGAGGAGUGAUUUUCACCAAACAUGAGGAGACUCGACCGGGUUAUGUGCCUCUUACUGAUGUGCUGUCUGAUCAAAAUGACGUUUAUGAUUUAGAGGAAUCAGUGACCAAUGAGAUACGCCUUGACCAAGUUUGCAAGCGUGAACAAUACUUGGCAGGUAUCAAUCCCUAUAAUGAUCCCAAUGACGUUAUCCCACUAUAUUCACAAGUUUAUUCAAGCAAUGAUGGCUCCAAGACAAGGAGUUUGUAUCCGUUGUCGUGGUCCUAUUCUGUUAGAAAUAGUGCCUCUUUAAAAGCGCUCAAGGCGUUUGCAGCAAAGCAAAAAGAUAAAAACAGGCUUAGUGGGAUCAAUGUUGGCAUCACUUAUGAUCCAAUAAAAAGAUUGAUGGAGCCAGUAGAUGAGAGAAUCAAAAGCACUUUGAAUUAUGACGAAAGUUCUGUGUCUCGGUUUGAGGCAAAGACAAAAGACUCGGAAGAUGACAAGUUGAUUAGAAAAAGGUCUAAAAGUACGUCUCUGACUUCAAUCCCAGUAAACAUGUCAACCUUGGCGUUAGAGUUAAGUGUCUUGGGUGGACCAAGAGACCAUGAGAUGACUUUAAUUGAACAAAUCCAAGCGGUGAUACCAACAAAAAGAGUGAUAUGGUUGCACAUUAAUCGAUUCAUGUACCUACUAUAUCCUUUCUUCCCCUACGUGAUUGAAGAUGACUUUAGAAACUCAAUUGCGAAAAUCGUUGGUAAAGAAUCGUAUGAAGAAACAAAGCCAGAAGUUCAAAUCCUACACAGAGUUGAUUUUGCUGAAAUUGGAAUCCUAUUUAUAAUGCUAAGAUUAUCAUAUUUGUCACUUUUCCACAAUCGAGGUUUCCACAAUGAGAGACUUCUCGCCAAGACUGACCUUACGCCUGAAGAAGCAGAAAAGAAAUUUCUUUUAAUGAACCAAAUAGAAAUUGGCGCUGCCGAAAUUGCCCAAGCUUGCUUCCGUCAUUUGGAAAGAAUGGGAAGAGUGAGUAUUGGCAUGUUGCAAUGUGGAGUAUUCUUGAGAUUAUACAGAAUUUACGCUCCAGAAGAAGGUGAUGGUUUGGAAGGUGGAUAUGGUCAGAUUCAAAAUAGUUGUUUGGUGUCCAUGUCAUACAUGUUGGGUUUGAACAGAGAACCUGAUAAAACACCGGAUUUCAAAGACGACAAGGUGAAAAACUUGUACAGAAAGAUUUGGUAUUUUGUUAUACUGUCUGAAUAUAAUUCAGCUAUUUUGUUUGGAUCACCAGUGCUGGUAAAAAAGGAAAGCUAUGACACAAAGAAGCCUUUCUUCACGUGGAAGAACUCAAACCUGAGACACAAGGAGACUGACCAAACCUCCAUUUUCGCUUUCAUGUCUACAAUGAUUGGUGGACCUAUACAACGCGUCAUUUCAUUGUACUCGAACGUUCAGGGAAAUGUGAAGGUAAUGGAGUUGGCAACGCACCUCAAUACAAUUGAAGUAGGUAUGAGGAAGCUACUUGGUAAGUUGGAGGACUACUUGUACACAUUAGAGGAACUGGAUACACGAUAUCACACGAAUAAAAUUUCCAAAGUGUCGAGCUUAUUGAAAGUUUACUCAUUUUUGAUGUUGAACUAUUGCUUUUUGUUCAACUAUUACGAAAAAGUCAAUAAUCCAUUGAGUUAUUAUUACUUGAAAAAGAUGUUGACCUUGGCCAUGGGUGAAGUAUUGGUGUCUGGCUUUGCAUUGAUAACAAAGAGUCAAGAGAUAUUUGGAGAAGGUGCUGACUUGUUUAUUAACCCCAUCAUCAUUCAAGUAUUGACGAGAAUAAGUGAUAUAUGUAUCAUUGGUAUUGUACGUUCCAACUUUUCCCUUUAUAAAGCACGUGCAGAUAUGAAGAAGGGCGCGCAACUGACGGCGGAACACAAGAAAUUUACAGCAUCUUUGAAUCGUUUCAUCACUCUUAUGGAGAAAAGCUGUCGUAUAUGUUUAAUUGGCAUAUCGAUUCUUAGUAAGAGGUAUUUUUUCGCUUGGGAAGUUGUGAGGACCCAAAAUUACUAUUUAAAGUUAGUGACCAGCUCGGCUUUUUAUAAAGAGAUAAACAUUGAUGGUUUGGACUUCGCACAACCUACGGCAGAGAGGAUGGUUGAGGUUGUUGAUUACGUGGAGGCCAGUUUGGAGAAAUUGGGGAAAAUUGUGGACAAGUAUUGUCAAGAAGUUGGUAUUGAUUCAGCAUUUAAAAGAACUGAUGCAGAGUACCAAAAUGAUCCAAAAGAGCAGUCUCCUUACGAGAGUCGAGCACCAUUUCCAGCAGAAACAAACACAAGGAGUCAAGAGCACGUAUCACAAAGCCUAGACACUCCUACUAGUGUUGACUCAACUGGAUUAUACUUCUCUGGGUUUGAGGAUUUACGGUUUGAUAAUAGUGAGCAGAUUGAUUCAAUUUGGCUACAAAUGUUGUCGCUGAAAACAAGUAAUCAAAACACGGGGAUUUUGCUGUACAAUACACUAUUGCAAGAACAACCUAGUUUGUUGAAUAAUACAGGAAUCGAUGAUUUUGGACGUGACAACGUUUCCUACAACAAUAUUGGUGCGCCUCAGAUUCAAUAUUCCAAUCCAUGUUAUGCAAGUCCACAGGUACCUCAACCGGAUACAGGUAUACGGACGAACUCGGUAAGUUCAAACGUACAAGGUCAAGCAUACACUACUGAUAUGCCUGACGCCACUGGGCAGCUACAACAACCACAAGUCUCUGGAUCCAAUUUGUUCAACUAUUCCGAAAUGUUUGAUGAUUUGCCUUUAGAUAAGCUUUUUAAUAGGUAG